AUGUCCGCCUCCCUGCUCGCGGCGAACCUCGCGCCAUGCUGCAUACUAAUCAUACUUUUAGGCACGGCGAAUCCGGACGCGUGCGAUCCGUGCGAUGCGUGCAGAUUGAGCGAGCCAUUUCGCAACCCGGCCGCCCAGUGCCUCCUCUCUCCGUUUCUAGGUGCUUGCGCGAAAUUUGGGAGUGCAAGGGCGACGGGAAGCGAUGGCAAUACUAGGAGGGUCAGGGCGAGUGCGAAUGAGACGAAGCAGGUGCAACAGAUUAAAGCCAGCCGUUUUAGAUCUCCAUGGUUGCGCCAAGGUCGGGCCAUGGCGUAUGUUUUCCGCUUUGAACGUGCAACUGCCAUACUGCCCCUCUGCUCCACACAUGCGUUAUCACCCGCAUCAGCCCGACAACCGUUUACGAUGGCAAUGGCGGACGCCGAAGCUACGCCUUCUGACGGAAAGGGGGGGCAGGAUGCGUCGCCGGCUGUCGUCUUAGAAUCAAACGGACGGAAGGCAGGACUGGCGAAAGGCCAGCGAAAGCCACCACACCGUCGCGAAAGGUACUUCGUCGACGGUAGCAAGGCCGCGAAAACGAAGGACGAGAAGAGAGGAAAGGCUAGGAAUGCGGCGCAAGGUUUGGGGUGUAAUGCGGCGGAGGGUCUAGGGGGCACGACUGAGGGUUUCGGGUUGACGGGGAGAGAACCUGGGGGCGGGGAGGCGGAAACGGAUUGGAGCGCGUGGGGGAAGGACUCCGCGGAUGACGAGGGGAGGGGGAAGGGCGAGGAGCGGAGGGAGGAAGGAAUGGUGGAGGAAGGGGAGGUGGAGGAUGAUGAGGAGGGGGAGGAUGGUGUGGAUGCGGAGACGCGCGGCAGGAUGGGCAAGUACAGCCGCGGCAAGGCGCUCAAAACCGAGGUGCGACGAUUGAAAGCAAAGAUGGAGCAUCGGGAGAAGGUGAUUGGCCAAGGAGUUUUGACGGCUGCUCAGGCAGAGAAGUGGCUGCUGCCAUCAGAAGCCGGGUACGUGGAGGCGGAGGGCGUGGAGCGCACGAGCAACCUGUCUCAGGCCGACAUCGUGCAGCACGUGGGCGCCGCCAGCAGACGAGCUGCCUUCCACCUCAAACUGCCAGAGCUGGGCCCGUACAAGGCGGCCUACUCACUCAACGGGCGCAGCCUGCUGCUGGGGGGGCGCAAGGGGCACGUCGCUGUGGUGGACUGGCGGCGCUGCCACGUCACCACCGAGAUCCAGGUACGGGAGACGGUGCACGACGUGUGCUUCCUCCACAAUGAGCUCUUCUUCGCCGCCGCGCAGAAGAGGUACACGUUCAUUUACGACAAGAGGGGCAUGGAGCUGCACUGCCUCAAG